ACAUUCCGUAAUCAAUACGAUUUGGAGUAUCCAUUUUUAAGAGGAUAAACGUGCGACUUUGAAACGGCUUCGGAGUACAUUGGAUUGCGUUUCCGCUAUCGUAUCGAUACCCGCGGCUAAUCCGCGAGUGUCGAUGACUGAUCACUAUCCCGGUCCCGGUCUGUGUCACAGCGAGUCUGUGUGUUAAUGGAAACCAUACGUGACACGUGUUCGCUUCUAAUUAUAUCCGCGCGACACACGGUUAAUCACGAGAACUCGGCCGUAAUUCUAGGGCAAACGUGCUUUGGCAUCUCUAUGCAUAGUUCAGAAGCGCAGGCGGAUAUGUAUAUGCAUAAGCGCGAUUAAACCCGAAGGAUAUUGACAUCCGUAUGCGAAGUUAUGAAUAUCAUAUGAAUGGAAGUCGGGGCGAGCGCAGUGCAUGACGGAUCUGAAUGAUCCGUUCAGGAAAUGCAAAACACGAAUGAAACACAAUGCGGAUGUUCCACGCGGCAACUAUGGAUUAACAUGGCUAAAGAAGACGGAGGAAGAUGGUACAUGUUGGGACAAAUUUCUAACUAUCCUGGGAGAAUUGAUUGGAACAGCAAUUCUAAUCUUUCUGGGAUGUAUGGCAUGCUUGGGCAGUAUGAAGCCGUAUACCCUUGGGAUUGGACCAUCGACUAUACAAAUUUCCUUUGCCUUCGGUCUCGCUGUUAUGGUCGCUAUACAGUGUGUUGGCCAUAUCAGUGGCGCUCACCUCAAUCCCGCUGUUACAGUCGCCGCGGUAAUUCUUGGCAAAAAAACUUUUCUAAUGGCCGGAUAUUAUAUCAUCGCACAAUGUUUGGGCAGCCUUUUAGGUUUCGGUCUACUAAAGGCGAUAACGCCGCCGCAUCUUGUGCAUGGCGGUGAUUCAGAGACCAGAAAUUUCUGCGUGACGCAAAUUAACGGCAAUCUGGGUGUCGGUCAUGGAAUCGCGGCUGAGGCUUUCGCUACCGGCAUACUCGCUUUCUUCGCCUGCGGAAGUUGGGACUCGCGAAAUGCGAAGAACACCGACUCGACCGCGCUGAAAUUCGGCCUUUGCGUUACCGUGCUGUGUCUCGCUUUCAUCCCUCACACCGGUUGCAGCCUGAACCCUGCUAGAACGUUCGGACCAGCACUCUGGAACAUGUCCUGGAACGCCCACUGGGUGUACUGGUUAGGACCGAUCGGAGGCGCCAUUAUCUCAGCUGUGAUCUAUCGAUGUCUAUUUUUGUCCAAGACGAAAAAUCAAACGGACACCAUGCAAAAUAUCGGAACUUUCAACGGCAUCGAGACAUAAACGGAAUCUGAAACGAAAUUGCAUUCCGGUCGUCGGUGGUUCACAAAUUGAACGAGAAAUCCCGAUUCCGCGCUGGUAUUUUCCCCGUCUGAGAAAGAGAAUGUUGCAAAAGUUGCGGCGGAAGCUCUCGUACGGAACGAUGGAAGCAGAUCGGACGGGCUUCGAACUUUACGGAUUUCUACUUCCAAGACGCUUCGAAACGAAAAUCUUGUAACCCAAAGGAUUGUAACGUAUCGAAGGACUGCCACGCGACAAGAGAGCUUCCCCAGGCACAGACUGACGUGAUGGAUUAUUUUUGUACAAAAAUACAAUGUAAUAUUAAAUAAGGCGUAGCGCAACGCACUAUUCGUUAGCUUUACGUACGGUAGACGCCAAAUUUCUCGUAUAUAUUUGGUAUAAUAAUUGUACUUUUCACUUACCUUGUGCACGUCACGGCUGUGCAAAAAAUGUCAUUUUAAAAUGAAAAGCGGAAGAAAAUAUAAAUUACUAAUUAACUCGAAAAUUUCAUUUUAGAAUAAUACAAAAUACUGUUGCAAAUGUUCAAAGGAGUACCCUAAUGAGAUAAAGACUUUUGAAAAUUUUACUCAAAAGAUAAAAAUUUAUAAUAAACAAUUAUGCAUUUCAAUUGCAUAAAUAUAUAUAUUCUUAAAAAUAUAUUUAAAGUGUGACGCUCAGCCGUGACGCAUAUCUAUGUAUUUAUUCUUUUGCUAUGUAGAGUAUACGUAGUCCUUAACACCGCCAGCACCUUCGAAGAAAGAUCGCUCUGUGUCGUAUAUAUAACACGGAGCGAAGCAC